CUUUCUCUUAUUAUUUUUUUCUUUUUAAAUGCUGUGUUGUUCUUCCGCAAGUGUUUUUCUUCACGCGUCAAAAGAUUGCACACCUGUGUUAUGAUAAAAGAAAUAAGACAAUUAAAAUGCUUAGCUGUGAAAUAGAAGACGUGAAAACACAAAUUACUUUUCGAAUAUGAUUCGUGACCAGUCGCCAAUUAUUCAGGCAUUUUUAGGAACACUUUUCACGUGGGCACUUACCGGUGCUGGGGCGGCUCUAGUGUUUUUCUUUUCCACUGCUCAGUAUAAAAUACUUGAUGGAAGUUUGGGAUUUGCUGCAGGGGUUAUGGUGGCUGCUUCUUAUUGGUCUCUUCUAAAACCCGCUAUUGAAAUAGCUACUGCUUCUCAGCAAUAUGGAUCUCAAGGAGAAUAUGUCUUCAUUCCUGUUGCAAUUGGCUUUCUUUUGGGAGCUGCCUUUGUUUAUUUCACUGAUUUAUAUUUGCCUUGUUGUGAAAACUAUGCAAGAGUUUCUGUUGUACCUGAUAUCCAACAAGAAAUGGGAAGGAACGGCCUUUUUACUAGAAGUAAAAACGAUAUGGAUGACAAGUAUGAGUUAAUAUCAAGGAGAUAUUCCGAAACGAAUGUACAUAGAAGGUAUAGGAACAGCCGCGACCAAGAAGUGGAAGAAGAGCCAGUUGUAAAUCAUCUGCUUGACGUUCGGUGGAGAAAAGUGCUGUUAUUAAUCAUUGCUGUUACUGUACACAAUAUUCCAGAAGGACUUGCUGUUGGGGUAGGCUUUGGCGCAAUUGGAAAAACUAAAUCUGCAACCUUUGAAAGUGCUCGAAACCUAGCAUUUGGUAUUGGAAUGCAAAAUUUUCCCGAAGGUCUUGCAGUUAGUUUGCCUUUGCAUGGGGCAGGAAUGUCAAAAUGGAGAAGCUUUUGGUUUGGCCAGUUGAGUGGUGUAGUUGAACCAAUAUUUGGUCUAUUAGGUUGUGUCGCAGCUACCAUAGCUGAAACCAUCCUGCCUUAUGCCUUAUCUUUUGCUGCUGGCGCAAUGAUUUAUGUUGUUGUUGAUGAUAUCAUACCUGAAGCACAAAUUCAUUCCAAUGGAAAACUAGCAUCAUGGACAACAAUUAUUGGAUUCAUUGUGAUGAUGAGCUUAGAUGUUGGAUUAGGAUAAAUAUUGUGAACAAUAAAAAAACCACAGCAACAUUGUGAUAGAAAAACUAAAGUGUAUGCAUUUUACCAUUUACUCAAAACCUAAACUCAAACAUGGUAAAUUAAAUAAUUUUAUGUUUUCAGUUGUUUUGUUUCAUAACUUACACAAAAGUCUGGUUAUAUACUGUGUUGUUAAAUAUUUGUGAACUGAACUAUUAACUUUGUGAUGCAAGCCCGAAAAUAUUUAACAUUAUAAUAUUAAUGACUCAGUAUCUUCUUUACUAAUAACAAAGCUGAAAGUCUGGAUCUCUGUGAGGUGCAUAGUGCCUAGACUGUUUGGCCGAUUUUCCUGAAAUUUGGCACAAAAUUAGUUUGUAGCAUAGGGGUGUGCGCCUCAAAGCGGUUUUUCGAAAAUUCGAUUUUGUUGUUUUUAUAUUCCAAUUUUAAGAAAAUUUUCCCGAGAAAAUUAUUACAACGUGGAAGAAUAAAUUACGCAAUUAUUAUAACGUGGAACCGUAACAUGGGAAAGCAAAUGAAUAUAGCAAAUUGGCAAGAAAUUUUAUCAUCCAGUAUUUGCAAAUAUACAGGCGAACCAAAUGACCUUUUAAUUUUCUACUACGGGCAAAGUCGUGCGGGCAUCACUAGUUAUACAUAUAUUGAUUGCUAAUUUUCAAUGCAGGUUAAAUUAUUAUCUAGUGUUAAAUAAAAUUUUUCUAAUUUAAGGCCAUGAAUCUUUAAAGCAUACUGCACUUAAAUGUAUUGUUUCAGUUUCACAAGAUGUUGAUGCAAACAACUUGGUAAAAGAUAUUCAAAGUGUUCAUUGAUCUUUUUUUUUCCUUGAAUACUAAGAGAUAAAAAAUAUAAUAAGGCUGUUAUAUUUAUAAUUUUACUCUGGAAUUAAGUAUUGUUACAAAGUUCCUAAAAGUUAUAGGAUGCAUGUUUGAAGAGACUGAAAUUUAAGUUACCAAAUUAAAAAAACCUAAACAUUUUAUAACAUGGUUUCAAUUAAUUUUAUUUAACAUAGUGUUCCUGAAUUUCAUAUUGUGUUCAAUUUAAUUCUUCAAGCUGAAAUUACAGUCACAAAAUAUUUAAUGUUAAUAAUUCAGACUGUUGGUAUGAUCAGUAAUCAGACAAAUCAUUUUACGAUUAAAAUGUAAUUAUUCAAUAUUAUAAAUGUCAAAUUCAUGGCAGAUAAUAUUUAAACAUUUUAUUUUAGUUACAAAAUGUGUUUAAAAUACAUCUUAGUGCAGGAUUGCAAGUGUUUAUUAUUACUAUCUUCCUUACUUUAAUGUAGUGGCAUAAGAGGAAUGAGUGAUUACUAAUGGCAUUGUUUUAAUAUGAACUUUAUUUUAUUAUAAAAUAUUGUUACAGAUGUUCAUAAAGUUUGAGGGAACAUGUAAUUAAGUUAGGGGUAUGAGUGUAAAAUUUUCAAUUUGAAAAUUUGGGCAAUUGAAGACAAAUCCUCAUGCGACUUAUUUUUUAAAUAUACUAUAUCAAUAAAAGCAAAAUCCGAAAGCAAAAAAUAAAAACCAUGCUCAGUGGACAUUUAAAUUUGAAGAAGUAUUCUGAUACAUUUUGCAUGUAUUCUAAAAUAAAAUAACUUAAUUUGGAAUCCAGGAACAAAAUGAUUCAGGAUAUUAAAUUAUAAGGGAAAAACACGAGCAAGUUGUUAUUGAAAGUUUUGAUCCUUUGACUAGGAAGUAUAAAAUAAUCCAUUUUGUGUGUGAUUAAUGAUGAAAAUAGUUGAAUCAUUGUUGAUUAUUUUUAGUGCAAGCUCAAUUGAAAUUUGGAACUAUUGGAAUAUUUUCUUAGUUAUUUCAAAAAGCCUUUUCCAAAUGAGGCAAUGAGAAGCAAAAGGAUGUAAGUGGACAUUUUCAAGUUUUGAGUAAAAUGUGUUUAAAGAUAACAUCCUAGGUAGGCUUUCAUUGAAUUGUUUUUCUAAAUCAUGCUGUAUAGCAGCAACUACCAGGGCUACUAGUACCAUCUCUUGCCCCAAGACAGAGGAGAGGUUCACCUACCAUGUGCACUGGUUAUCUCCAAAUUUUUAAUUUUGCCACUUACAUCCCUUUGCUUCUCACUGCCUCAAAUGUACUUUUUUUGAAUUUAAAAGUUUUAAAUUAAAAAUAUCCGCCUUCCUGUGAGAUUAAAGCAAGUUUGAAAUUCCUUCUUAAGUAAAAGAUGUUAAUUGGAUUUUAUUUUUAACUAUACACAAGAUCUUUUAUUUAUUUGUUAUCCUAAAUGCAAAUUUAUAUCAUAGGGUACACUUUUAAAAUAAUUGCAUCACACUUCACGUGUAUAAAUACUUCUCAAUUUAUGUUGCCUUUUCUUUCAGACAUCUUAAUUAUAUUUCCAGUUUCGCAGUUGUAGGAAACAUGUUUACUUUGUUAGUUUUGUAAUUAUUUCAUAGCUUAAAAAAAAUUGUUUUAACACGAAUAAACUAAAAUUUAUAAAUAAGAAACUUUCAAAAGAAAACAUUUAUGUACUUCAGAGCUAUAACGAUUUCAGUGCAAAAAAAUAAGAUCAAUGUCAGAAAAAUAGCAUUUCUGUGUUCCUUGUAUUUAUGCUGAAAUCCUUGUAUCUCUCAAGUGCAUUAUACAAUUUUUAAUGUACAUUUAUUUGUGCCUUACUAAUAUUGGUAUUGUUGGAGUAUGGCAGCCGGUGCAUAAACAAUUCUUUACGAUUUAGUUCUGUGUUUGCAUUUUUGCAAAAACUUUCAUCAUUGUGACAUUAUUUUUAUAUCAUUCUACAUUAGUUCUCGAAAUGUAUGUAAAUAAAACAUUUAUGUUUUAACUUAAUGUUGUAUGAAAUAUUUUGUUAUUUUGAACAAAUGAAUUUAUCAGCAUUUAUUGUACUGUAUUACUUUCGCAAAACUACAUCCCACCUGAGUGUAUAAAUAAAUGCAUACCGCUUUGUUAAAUAAAUGUUUUAAAAUACAA